CGUGAUUUACUUUCUUUUCAACAUACAUCCUGCGCUGGUCAACGAGAGACCAUCUGAAACUAAAAGGCGAAAUCCUGCCAACUUCCCGUUGGCUAAAUUGUUUAGGAGGGUGGUUGAAAGAACUGUCUUCACCUCCAGCUCGAUUUUAUAGCCUGAGAGGUGUUUUCAAAACCUUAAUGCAACUUAAACCACAGCAAUAAGUUGUUCGCUUCAUCGAAACAUCAGCAGAAAUCAUGACGGCGGAGCAUCAUGGUCUUCUGGACCUGGCAAAAAAUCAGCUGAAUAUGGACUACGGUGACUUUGACAUGAGGUUUGACGUGAAGAAGGAGGCUGCAGCUUUGGGACCAGACCGCUCUUUUAUCCAGCAGUGCGGUCUACACGUACCAGGCUCCGUGUCCAGCACACCCAUGAGCACCCCGUGCAGCUCCGUGCCUUCAUCGCCGAGCUUCAGCCCGAGUGGACAGAGAAGCAGUGCUGAAGAUCUCUACUGGACCCUGAGCACGGGGACUUAUCCACAGCACGCAGAUCCACACUGUCUUGAACUAACGCAUGAGGAUGUCCGGGAAGCCUUAAGCGCGAAUCUCAUGCAUGCACACCCGCCUCAGCUCCACCAGGCAGAGAUGGAUGGAUACAGGAGCAUGGGUCAGUUCCACGCACCAAGCGUGCACCAGUAUCAUCAUCAGCAGCAGCAGCAGCAGCAGCAGUACACCGAGCUCGGCCACAAUCCCGACUUUGCGCACGGAAAAAGCAUGGAUCAGUUAAUGCAGCACCUCGACUGCUCAUCUCAAGGAGCGACGCACCUGAAGUCCCACCAGCAGACGCACCACAGGCGCAGCGAGCGCGCGGAGAGCCGCUUCUCCGACCAGCAGUUGGUGUCCAUGUCUGUGCGCGAGCUCAACCGACACCUCCGCGGCAUGAGCAAGGACGAAAUCAUCCGCCUGAAGCAGAAACGCCGUACGUUGAAAAACCGCGGGUACGCGCAGUCGUGUCGGCACAAACGCGUUCAGCAGAAACACAUUCUGGAGCACGAGAAGACGAGCCUCGCGACGCAAGUGGAGCAGCUGAAGCACGAGCUCAGUCGGCUGGUGCGCGAGAGGGACGCGUAUAAACUCAAAUGCGAGAGGCUAGUUGUCGGAAUGAACCGACAGAGCAAUGGACCCUCUUGUGAAAAUCCAUCAUCACCUGAAUUUUUGCGAUAGCUCAAAAUGUAUUUUAGGAGUUUCUGCUAAAUAAUAAUAAUAAAAAAAAAACAUCUUAAACCAGCACAAGAUUGUUUGCUAGUCUGACCAACUGAAACAUGGGCUACACUGUAAAAAAGAAUUGUUGGUUUAACUUAAAAAAGUAAGUUACCUGGUUGACUUAAAAUUUAGAGUUCAUUGAAAUUAAAAAUUUGAGUUAAUACAAUGAAGGUGAUUGGUUUAAUCAACAGAAACUCAAAAUAUUAUGUUAUCUGAACUACAUUAAUUAUAUAAGGUGAUUUGUUAUUUUUUACAGUGUACCAAAACCUCUCUAAAACCAGCUGCAAGACCAGCAAACCAUCUUGUGUGUGUGUUUGUGUGUGAGUGUGUGUGUGUGUGUGUGUGUGUGUGUGUGUCAGCGGAGGAGAAAGUUUUAAUUCUCUUAUUCAGUAGGCUAUUUUAUAUUUUCACUCGACUUUAUCUCUGACAUGUCAAGCUGGUUUUGAUAAUGUAUCUUUUAUCUUCGAGUUUUCACAACAAACUCCAUCAGCCAUCUCAGCUAUGCAAAUGACAUUUGACCCUUUUGGCAAUAGAUGCAUUGCAUUGGUAUUUUUGUUUGUUUGAACAUUUUGUAUAUCUUUUAUUUGUUUCAUUAAUCAGUUGUACCAUUUUAACAAACUGUUCCUUAAACUCUUUUGAAGAGUAUAAGAUUGUGAUUUGCAUUUCAUUGUUACCCCCAGAAUAAAUUUUUGAAGCAAAAAAGUA